AUGACGUUUAUACUUGCAAAACUUCGCAAUAUUUCGAGAAAUCGACACCAUAGGAAAAUCGUGAUUCUGAUAUGUAUGGUUGGGACAGUGUUGAUGGUCGCAAAGUACCACAGGAGUGCGGCCGUCCGGAAUGUACCUAAAGACACCAUGCAACUUGUAGAGCACCUGGUUAACUUUGCAACUAAAAACACAUCUCAAGGUGCCGCCCAGGAAGUAAACAGUGAGCCGGGUCCUGUAAAUUGUACCUGUAAAUGUCCAGAAGUCGUAACCGUCCCAGCACCAAUGGAACCUGUAGUGACUGGAAAACCCUACAGAAACCCAGUACAAAUUGGACGAAGAGCCACCAUGCUGAAGGAAUGCAAAAAGCUUGGAAACAACUACAAUGGAACUCUCCCAGAUUCGAAAAUAAAGGCAAAUAUGAUAUAUGACGAGAAAUCCAACCUUGUAUUUUGUGAUAUACCAAAGGCUGGGUCGACUUUUCUGAAACAAGUUCUCCAUAUUGUGGCUGGCCAUCGCCAUAAAAAGGAUCCGUUUAGUAUAGAAGGGAGUGACGUUCACAGAAUCCCCUUUACUACUUUCAGUAAGAUUCCUUACGACCAGGCACUGAAACGACUCGUCCAUUCGAUUAAGUUCCUGUUCGUCCGAGAUCCAUAUUCCAGGAUGCUUUCCGGAUAUGUAGAUAAACUUUACACCAAUAAUUAUAUAUUCUGGGGUAAGACUGGUAAAGGAAUCGUUGAAAACCACAGAAUAAAUGCUUCGAGACUUUCCAAAGAAUGUGGUCACGAUAUUACCUUCUCAGAGUUCAUCCAACACGUGAUCAAGUCGGAAACUUCCGGUAAUCAUCGGGAUCCGCACUGGUAUCCGAUGUUUGAUGCAUGCCGUCCCUGUAGUCUUGAAUAUGAUGUUAUAGGAAAGAUGGAAUCAUUUAAAGAAGAUCUUGAGAACUUCCUUAAAAGUCAAAAUCUACAGAAUAUUGUUGAUAUUUCUAACAUGAAUCAAGGAAACGAUAAUGUCGCAGUCACGGUCACGGUUAACAGAGCGUUUGAAGCGGUUAGAGAAAGGCCUAAAUGUAUUCCUUUACAGCAUGCGCUGGUCCGUGCAUGGAAAGUUCUGCAAAUUCGUGGAGUUUUAAGUCCGUUGUCAAACUUUCCGUAUGAAUUGAUAAAGAACAGUCCAAAUAUAACACAACCCAAAUUUCAGGAUAUAGUCGUGAAGGAAAUGAAACAGACUCCUAUGAAUCAAUCACAGAAAGCGAUUUCGCGACAACAGGCAAUGAUCCACGCCUACAGAUCUGUGUCAUCAGAAAUCUUGAAGAACUUUACGACUGUUUUCCAUCCAGACUUCGCUGUGUUCGGAUACGAUAAAAACCUUGGAAAAAAAGAUGAAAAGUUUUUAACAUGGGAUCCUUUCAAACUCAACUUUUAA